AUGACUUCCAAGGAAGAAGCUAAAGCAUCUUCUGCGGAGGAGAGAAGGAGAAACGCUUUGGACCACUUGCCACCUCCUGCAAACUCUAACAAGCCCUUGACUCCUUUCAGUAUUGAGGACAUCCUGAACAAGCCCUCAGUGAGAAGAAGUUACACCAUCUGUGGGACAGCUCACCUACUGUCUUCUUCUGAAAAGCCCCCUCCAACGGGACUACCCUUGUCCAGCAGAGCUCUCCUGUCCCAGACUUCACCUCUAUGUGCCCUGGAGGAGCUGGCCAGCAAAACCUUCAAAGGUCUGGAAGUUAGCGUCCUACAAGCUGCGGAAGGACGAGAUGGGAUGACCAUUUUUGGCCAGAGACAGACCCCCAAAAAAAGGAGGAAGUCCAGAACAGCGUUCACAAACCACCAGAUUUAUGAGCUGGAAAAAAGGUUUUUAUACCAAAAGUACCUGUCCCCGGCGGAUAGAGACCAAAUAGCACAGCAGCUGGGACUGACCAAUGCUCAAGUCAUCACCUGGUUUCAGAAUCGCAGAGCCAAGCUCAAAAGAGAUUUAGAGGAAAUGAAAGCAGAUGUGGUGGCCACCAAAAAAAUCAGCCCGACCUCAGUAGAAGCGGUGCUCACUAUUUCAGAACUGGACGAUACAGAGUCUAUGAGCCCGAGCAGUUCCAAUACCAGGACCAGGUCACCCCAUGGACUGCCCAGUCACCUCCAAAUGUCACCCUCUUCCCCCCUUACAGAUCAGCACACGAGCAAAGAGUGCUCAGAAGACGAAGAGGAUGUGGAAAUUGACGUCGACGACUGACUCUUUUUUAUUCUAAAAAAAAGAAAAAAAGACUAAAAUGAAAACAAGAAUGGACGGUAUUUUUUAUGCUGCACUUGUUCCUAAACCAGAUUUCAAAAAUCAUACCUUUCACCCAAGGCAGUUUCUUUUUCAAUUAAAGCAAUAAGUAAUAUAAGAAAGACUUAAAUUACAACGGCUGCCCAAUCAGGUAGUUUUCGUGUUUUUUUUAUUAUUAUAAUUAUUAUUAUUAUAAUUAUUGUUAUGA